AUGCCUCGCGACGCCUCGCCGCGCGCGUACGACGCCCUCGAUGUCGCCGUGACGCUGCUGAAGAAGCGCGAGGGCAUCGAUAAGACGCUGAAACUCGCGCGCUACGCCGCGCUGUUCGCGCUCGGCGAAGCGAAAGCGCGCGCGAGGCCGAGCGCCGAGUCGAGCGAGUUCGUGCGCGCGACGACGGCGCUGGAGCGCUCGAUCGGCGACGCGAGGCGCGCGUACAGGCUGGGAAAAUUUUUGGGUAACGUUCGGGACUUUCGCGAUGAGGUGCGGGAGAACGAGGGCGCGGGCAAGCGCGGCCGCGCGCGAUGGCUCACGGCGGCGGCGGCGUGCGCGGCGCUCGAGGGCGCGUACUACUUCAUCGAACAGGGCGUGUGGUUGAGCAAGGCGGGGGUGGCGAUGCGACGACGAUCGACGCUUGAACGGUUGGUGCGCUGGAGCGCGCGGGCGGAGGUUGCGUCGUACGCGUUUUCAAUCGCGUGUUCGCGCGAGGACUGGCUCGAGGCGGACGCCGCGGCGAGAGCGGCGAGAGCGCGAUUGAGGGACGUCGAGACGGCUAAAGCGAGCGCGCUCGAGCGUGGAGAUGACGAAGACGUCGUUAUUAGUUUGACGGCAGACGUGAACGAGGCGGAGAAGGCGAAGCGCAAGGCUGUGCUGGCGAUUUGUCAAGACGUCGCCGACGGCGUCUUGUCGUUUGAGGACGCCGUCGACGUCGCCGGGUUCGAAAUCCCGAACGAACGCCUCGUCAAUUUCCUAGGCUUGCUCGCCGCCGCGUUAGACUUCCACGGCAAGCUAGACGACGCGAUAGAAUCGCUCGACGAGUCUUCGCGAUAG